GGCUGCCGCUUCCGCGUCCGCGCAGCUCAGACAGCACGCGAGCGCAAAAUGGACGAUAAGUUAAUAUUGUCCGUAUUUAAAUACCCGGAGCUGUAUAAUGUCACUUUACCGAAUUACCGCUGCACGGAAAGUCGUGCGAGUGCGUGGAGGAGCAUCAGCAGCGAGUUGGGUCUCUCGCCUGAGGAGUGCAAAAGAAAAUGGAAGAACAUGAGGGACAGGUAUUUGAAGGAAAUCCGAACGGAAAUCAAAAGCAAGAAGCAAGGCGAAGUCAUCCAGAGCAAAUGGAAAUACAGGCAGCUCAUGAAUUUCAUUGCCCCUUUCACCGGCUCAAGAAGCGGAGUGGCGGAUAUCUGUGGCAACGACGACGACCAGGACACUCCCGACAUGGACUCUGUGGACGGAGAGACCUCUUUGUCAGAGGUCAUCAAGGCACCGCAGAGCAUCACAAAGAUCCCCGUGAGUCCGCCAGAAAUCAAGUCGCACAUGACAUUUGUAAGCCAGAUCCCGUCGGCAUCUCAAGACACACAGCUGGCGCAGCUGGCCGCUCUGGCCAAGAUGCCGUCGGGCCAGCAGAUGACCCCCGCCAACAGCACCGGACGGAAACGGCGGGCGCCGCAAGAGUCACUGACGCCAUCUUCGCAAAACGCUAACUCUGCAAAAUGGCUCCUCAAAGACAAUGGAGCCUCGUUCCCCGCCAGGCCGAGGGACGAAGAUGAAUUGUUUCUGCUGAGCUUCGUCCCGGCUCUGAAGAGACUCGCGCCACAGAAAAGGUGCGAGACGAAAAUGAAGAUCCAGCAGAUUAUGUACGAGGCGGAGUUCAACGUUGCACAGUCAGACGAACAAAAGCUGGACUCAGAAAUGCCAAAUUAACUGGAGUGGACUUUUUUUUUUCUACCGUAUUUGUUUUGUUUGUUUGUUUUUUUAAAUCUCCACAAAAUGAACUAAAUUUGUCUUUAUAGCACAGAGUUGUUGAUCAAAGUAGAACUGUAAAUCAUGUGAAACACUGCUUGGUGUCUUAAUUUGU